AUGGAAGAUCUAUGGAAGCUCUCAGCUACCGAAAUUGGGUCUCGAUUAAAGAAUCAAAACCUCACAGUUGAGCUAUAUGCUACGUCGCUGAUUGAUCGUAUCUCACAGCGCGACUGCCAUGUGAAAGCGUGGGCAUAUUGUGACAGUGAGGCUAUUAUCGCUGAGGCAAAAAGACUAGACAGGAUUCCUUACAACCAAAGAGGUCCUCUGCAUGGAAUUCCAGUGGGGAUAAAGGAUGUUAUACUAACUAAAGAUCAGCCCACCAGGUACGGCUCUCGCAUAUACGAGAAUAACCCUGCGACCGGUGUGGAUGCCACAGUCGUAUCAAUCCUACGCAAUGCGGGUGCCCUCAUUUUCGGCAAGACAGCCACUACAGAAUUCGCCGCUACGUCUCGCGGGGGGCUCUGUGCGAAUCCGCAUAAUCCAGACCAUACCCCGGGAGGCUCUUCAUCGGGUUCAGCAGUCGCCGUGGCGGACUUUCAUGUCCCUGUUGCUCUCGGAACUCAGACUGGGGGAAGUAUUGUUCGGCCGGGUUCGUUCUGUGGGGUAUAUGCCUUCAAGCCUACCUGGAAUAUGAUAUCAACAGAAGGCAUGUCACGGUUCUCGAUAUCCUGCGAUACCAUGGGCUUUUUUACACGCACCAUUGACGAUCUCGAACUUGUGCUUCGGCCUUUUUCUAUUCCUCUGCUGGACUCUAAUACUCUGCCACCACAAACAUCUUUACAGGGAGCAAAGGUGGCGCUUUUGCGAACUCACGCAUGGCCCAAAGCCGGCCCUGGAACACAGGCAGCAUGGGAUAUAGCCCGUGGAAUACUCCAGAAUUCAGGUGCCACCGUGGAGGAUGCUGAGCUGUAUACGUACUUCUCCAGAUUCCCGGAAUUGACCAAAGCCAUUGUAUCAAAAGAGGCGCAAUCAUCCUUCGCGUCUUACAUGUCAUCCGCGAAAGAUCUAUUAGAUCCCUCGAUCAUACAAACAGUGGAAAAUGGACAGAGAACCGAUACAACCGAAUUCCUCAAGAGUUACGAAGAAGUUGCUCGUUUGCGACCGAUAUGGGACUCCUGGGCCAGCCAAUAUGACGUCAUCCUCACUCCCAGCGUGCCCGAUGAGGCUCCGCGGGGACUGGAGUGGACAGGUGACGCGUCUUUCUGCUCGAUGUGGACGCUGCUUCAUGUCCCGGUCCUUAACAUUCCGAUCGCCAAGGGCGAAAACGGUCUCCCAGUUGGGCUGUCGAUGGUUGGGCCUCGAUACGGAGAUAUGAACGUCUUGAGAGCCGCAAGGUUACUCAACGAUGCUCUUCGUUGA